AUUGUUUAUCGGAGAGAGAGAGAGAGAGAUGAGGCAAGUAGGCGAAGUACAAUAGAUUCCAAGAACUUGUUGCUAAAAUGGCAGAAGAAGAAAUCAUCGGUAGAAUCACAGUUUCACCACCACCAUCAUCAUCUGCGCUUCUCUGUCUCCUCCACACACCAGAAAAUAAUGAAGGGGCCGUCAUCGGACCCCGACGACGACGCCGCACAAGCACAGACACAAACAUACCCGCCUCCUGAGCUACUCAUGGAAUUGGAUCUCGAUCUCGAUCUCGAUGCAGUCUGGCCUUUGGAUCAGAUACUGGCCGCCGCAGCGGCGUCGUCGUCGUCGAAUCCUGCGUCGCCGUUUCUUCUGUCGAACUCCGAGCAGCCGUGCUCGCCGCUAUGGACGUUUUCCGAUGACAAUAGCAGCGGUGCUUUGGUCGCUGGCGCUGGUCUCCGGUUCUCCGACUCCUCCAGGAUUCAUUCUUAUGCUAACAAUAACACUGAAAUGGUGACCGAAAGUCCCAUUGAUGGUAACAACAAGGAGAUGCUGCCUUCUCCAUUUAUGGGAUUAGUGCCCCUCGAACAUUCGGAUGGAUCAUUCAUAAUAAAGGAAAGAUUGACUCAGGCUCUUCGACAAUUGAAAGAUUCGACUCAACAGCAUGUCCUAGCUCAGGUUUGGGCGCCUGUAAAAAAUGGUGGCAAGUAUGUGCUCUCGACAUCCGGCCAACCCUUUGUUCUCGAUCCUAACAGUAAUGGUCUCCAUCAGUAUAGGUUGAUAUCUCUGAUGUAUAAGUUUAAUGUGGAUGGAGACAGUACUGAAGGAAACCUAGGACUUCCAGGACGAGUGUUUCGACAGAAGAUUCCAGAAUGGACGCCAAACGUGCAAUACUACUCUAGCAAAGAAUUCCCACGUCUAAACCAUGCAUUAAAUUACAAUGUUCGAGGAACUUUAGCUUUGCCUGUGUUUGAACCUUCCGGGCAGUCUUGUGUUGGUGUUCUUGAGCUUAUAAUGACUGCCCAGAAAAUCAACUAUGCUAAUGAAGUUGAUAAGGUCUGCAAGGCGCUUGAGGCUGUGAAUUUGAAAAGUUCAGAGAUAUUGACUCAUCAAAACAUACAGCCGAUAUGCAAUGAAGGUCGACAAAAUGCAUUGGCCGAAAUUUUGGAGAUAAUUACAAUGGUUUGUGAAACACACACAUUACCACUAGCUCAGACUUGGGUUCCUUGCAGGCAUCGUAGCAUCCUCACCAAUUGUGGUGGAUUCAAUAAAACUUGCAGUAGCUUUGACGGGAGCUGUGCGGGACAGGUCUCUAUGUCGACAACUGAUGUCGCCUUUUAUGUUGUGGAUGCUCAAAUUUGGGGUUUCCGCGAGGCCUGCGCAGAGCAUCACUUGCAAAAGGGGCAAGGUGUUGCCGGCAGAGCAUUCGCUUCGCAGAGCUCUUGUUUCUGUCAAGAUAUAACGAAAUUUUGUAAGAUCGAAUACCCGUUGGUGCAUUAUGCUAGGAUGUUUGGGUUGAGAAGUAGCUUCGCGAUUUGCUUGCAGAGCAACUAUACUGGAAAUGACAACUAUGUUCUAGAAUUCUUUCUGCCCCCGAAUAUCAAAAGCUACGGCGACCAGCAUGCCCUGUUGGAGGCACUUUUGUUAACGAUGAAGCGACACUUUGGAAGUCUAAGGGUAGCUUCCGGAGAAGAUCUUGACCAUGAAUGGAGGUUUAGGGAGGUCAUUAAAGCAUCCAUUAAUGAUGAACUUGAUCUCAGGCCGAGCUUCGAUUUGGCUUCUCCAUCUAAACCCGAUGCUUUUGAUGGACAAGCGACGAAUAAAGAAAAUAUUGGUGAUCUGAAUGAAGUUCAAAUCGCGGUACCAAAGGAUGCAGGCAAGAAACUGGAAAGAAAGCGAGGAAAGGCCGAGAAAACUAUUAAGUUAGAAGUUCUGCAACAAUAUUUCGCCGGCAGUCUUAAGGAUGCUGCAAAGAGUCUUGGAGUUUGUCCUACAACAAUGAAGCGAAUCUGUAGGCAGCACGGGAUCACCCGAUGGCCCUCCCGGAAGAUCAACAAAGUUAAUCGAUCUCUCUCGAAGCUAAAGCGUGUGAUCGAAUCAGUUCAAGGAGGCGACGGUACAUUCAGUUUGACAUCUUUGGCUCCGAGUACCAUCCCCGUUACGGUUGGUCCAAUUACUUGGGCCCCGACUUCAAAUAAAACGAAUCAACAUAACGACGACAAGAAUGAGGUUGCCAUGUCUAAGUCGAACCCAUCCCAAGCUGGAACUGGCUCGAGAGAAGAAAGCAUCGAGACCCCAACUUCCCAAGGCUCAUGCCAGGGCAGCCCGUCCUGCAGAAUCGACACCUCUCCUCUUAACGAUCCAGUCGAAGAAAAUAAUACGAGCGCAGCUGGCGCACACAAAUUGGCGUUAUGUCGAAUGCUAGUCGAAGAUGCAGGAAGUUCGCACGAUUUGCACAAGUUAUGCCAUCCAGGGGAAGCCCUCUUCGAUGUUAUCAAGCCCGAAGACAGGUCAGCGAAUGGUUCCGAUAAGGCAGAGCAGUUUGCAGCCCGGCCCGAAGCGAAAUCUAUCACUAUCAAGGCCUUGUACAGAGAUGACAUAAUCCGGUUUCGACUACCUGUAGAUUCAACUAUCGUCAAGAUUAAAGAAGAAGUGGCGAAGAGGCUGAAGUUAGGUAUGGGAACGUUCGACGUCAAGUAUCUUGACGACGAUCACGAGUGGGUCCUUAUAGCUUGUGAUGCAGAUCUUCUGGAAUGCAUCGAGAUUUCGAAAUCUUCGGGUGGUAGCGUGGCGAGGCUAUUGGUUCACGACAUUAUAGCCGAUCCCGGAAGCUCUUGCGCAAGCUCGGGCGAGUAAGACCUCGAUAUUUGUUGUCGAUGAUAUGAUAUGAUAUGAUUCAAGUAGGGGUGUCUAAGUGUAAAUGUUGUCGAUUUGAGUUUGUAUCUCUACAUGGUUCUUGAGGGUAAGUUGGUUUUUUUGUAGGACUUAAAGGUUGUGUUUAAGAAACUUCAUUCCUGUGGGUUCAAUUUUGUGUACAUUUGGUGCUUAAUGAAGUUAUGUUUUUUUUAAUUU